AUGGCGCCCAUCAUCAUUAUCGGAGCAGGCCUUGUGGGCUUGACUCUAGCACAGGCAUUGAAGAAGGAUGGUUUUGAGUUUGAAAUCUAUGAUAGAGAUAAUAGUCUCGAAGAGCGCCCGGCUGGAUGGGGAAUUACAAUGCACUGGGCACUUCCUGCACUUGAAUCUUGCCUGCCCGCAGAUGUGUUUAGUCGACUCUUGUCUAUUCAAGUGGAUCCCGCCGAGGGUGGAAAAGGCCAGGACAAAUACCGUUUUCCCUCGUCAACUCACUAUCGACUGAACCGAAAGGCAUUUCGUCAACUUCUUAGCACUGGGCUUGAUAUCAAAUGGGGAAUGCGAUUCACAGGAUUCAAUCCUACCGAAGACGGUGUUCUGGUCAAGUUUGAUGAUGGUUCCACAAGAGAGGGCUCUAUGCUUCUUGCUGUAGAUGGCAAGAAUAGUCGUACAAAGCGCUUACUGAUGGGCGACGAAAAAUCCAAGCUGAAUCCGCUUCCUGUUGCUUUUGUGGGAAUUAGCCUGCGCUUGUCACCAGAGAAGAUGAAGCCAUUCCGGGAUGUACAUCCAAUACUCUGGCAAGGGGCGCACCCGGGCUCCGGGUACUAUCUCUUUUUCUCAAUGCUAUCGACACCACAGAGCAAUGAGAGUGCAGGGACAAAUGAGGAGUUCUAUGAGGGCCAAUUCAAUAUGAGUUGGCUUAUCGACCGAAAUGGACCAUUGCCAAAGUCUACGGCAGACCAGCUGGCUCGCGUCAAGCAGGCCGCUGUGAGUGAUAGUGGUUUCUUUCCCAGCCUCCGCCAAGCUAUCAUGGAUAUACCAGAUGACAGCCCCAUGCUUGAGAUUAAGUUGGAAGACUGGCCGACCGAGCACUGGCCUUCAAUUGAAGGAAGAGUGUCACUGGUUGGCGACGCCGCUCAUACAAUGACUAUGUAUCGAGGUGAAGCUGCUAAUCAUGGUAUCUGUGAUGCCGCACGGUUGAGAGAUGAACUAGUGCUUUGGAGAGAUGGCAAGCAAUCUAUAACGCAAGCACUGGAUAGAUACCAGGCGGAAGUCAAGAGUCGCACCCACGACGCGGUCAUAAUGAGUCGUCACGCCUGUCUUGACUGUCAUGAUCUCAACUCUCUCAGAGUGGAUAGUCCGGUUUUUCAGGUGGUGGGGUUCAAUGCACUAGCAAAGCAAGCAAGAGCCUAUAUUUGA